AUGGCACUUAUUAUUUUGCUCUUUACUUCUGCAACAUCAUCAAAGAGACGACUUCCACGGAACCGCACGUCCCAAGUAUUCAUUGGCAAUCAUGAAGUAGCGGAGCUAAAUUUUCCUUCAUAUCUAUAUUGCCGAGGCUUACAUUCCAUGAUAAAUUUUAGCGCAAUGGAUACUCCCGACAUUAGAUUGAGUCCGCUACAAGGAUCUGACGUUGGCCCAUUCAUAAAUGCAGCUAAACUAUAUCAAACGGUAAACAUCAACAAUAGGACAGAUGUCAGAGACGUCAGUCCGUUGCAUCAUUGGAUGUGUGACAUAGUUCUUGCUAUUAGGAAAAUAGAAACUAUAUCGAACGUUCCAGAUGAUUGGACAGCAGGAGAUCCGUGCUUGCCCGUCGGUUUUCCAUUAACCGGUGUUAUCUGCAAUAAGGAAUCUUCCCCACGAGUGAUUAUUGUGAAUUUAACAAACAUGGGUAUCACCGGCGACAUCCCUGCAAGCAUAGCCAACUUGACAGCAUUAACUCAAUUGCUGUUAGGAAACAAUAAUCUAUCAGGCCCUAUUACAGAGCUUAGUACAUUGAAGAACCUUACAACAUUGCAACUGCAAAAUAAUCAACUGACUGGAGACAUUCCGAGUUCAUUAGAGAAGCUUCCCAUGUUAAAUGAGCUAUUUUUGGAGAACAAUAAUUUAAAUGAAGCUGUGCCAGCUGGUUUAAUUAAGCCUGGAUUAAACCUUCGAGUUCAUCCUCAAAAUAAAACUUCAGACAAAAAGAACAGCAAAGGAAGAUGGAUUAUAGGACUUGCUGUUGGCUACAAAGAUGAUCCAAAUGAGUUUCAAAAACUGGCGGUUGAAUAUACUGAAGAAGAUAUUAAAGCAGCUACAAAUAGCUAUUCUACCUUCAUUGGUAAGGGAGGGUUCGGAUCUGUGCUUUAUGGUAGACUUUCAGGGAAUGAUGUUGCAGUGAAGAUGCUUUCAACGGACUCAUUUCAAGGAAAGCAAGAAUUCCGAAAUGAAGUUUUUCCUUUCUUACCGAAUACGGAGUUUUUCAUCAAAUACAACAAUUUUAUUCAUCCUCUACUUCUAUUUCAGCCCAAAUUCCCUACUUACAUUCUGGUGCUUGUCUUCUUGGCUCCAGGCCCAGCCAGACUAGAGAAACCGCUUAAUUGGCAAACCAGGGUCGACAUUGUUUUUCAAGCAGCAGAGGGUUUGCUAUACUUGCAUGAGGGUUGUAGUCCUCCAAACAUACACAGAGAUAUUAAGUGCAGUAAUAUUCUUUUGGAUAAAAGAAUGUUCGCCAAGAUAUAUGACUUUGGUCUAUCGAAGUUGUUAGACAACAACCAAAGUUACAUAACAACUAAUGUCAAGGGCACCUUUGGCUACCUUGAUCCUGAAUAUUUUGGAACAUCAUCGUUAAAUGAAAAGAGUGAUGUCUAUAGUUUUGGUGUAGUUUUGUUGGAGAUUAUUUCUGGAGUACCUCCUAAAGAGGAAAUAGUUGAAACGGCAAAAGAAUUGCUUUCACGCGGAAGACUAACAGACCUAAUGGAUUCUUCGCUUGGUGGCCGAUAUAGUUUAGAAUCUGCAUGGAAAGUUGCAGAGAUUGCAUACACUUGUGUGGAAUUAAGACCAAUAAAUCGACCCACAAUGAAUACUGUUGUAAGAGAACUAGCAGAAGCUAAAGCACUUAUAUUGGAUGAUAGCAGUGAAUCCGGAUAUGCUUUGACUGCAUCGUCAAAUGCACUUGAAAUGCCCCAACUUAGGUAG